AUGGUGCGGGAAACGAUCCGGCGGCGUACAGACACGCCGCAAGCACAAGUAUCCCCCUUUAUUCGCCGCCAUAUAUCGUCAACAGAUACACUCCCUGCGACGCCGUACGCUCAUCGCAAACAACACGUGUGGAAUACCAUGGCCAGCUCCCCACUUCAGCGCAAAGGUGCUUGGUCGAGUCCGGGCAUUCGCCUCUCAGCUGCCACGGAUGACCAUGCGUCGUAUCAUGCAGAGAUACCCGGGCGCAAGCCAACGCUACAGGAUCGUUGGGAGCAGUGGCCCAGUGCCAUCUUGGGCUAUAUUCAGGGCUUAUGGAUGGACGUGGGGAAUCUAAUUCAUGAGCCUGAAAUGGGUGUGCCGCUUGGUGCUGUACUACAUGCUGGAUCGCUUGUAUCGCAGCUCAUGCUGCCAGGCACUUCUUUUUUGUAUACACGCGACUCGAUGGAGCGGCAUCCACGCUCACAUCUCUUUGCGCCGUAUCGUGGACUUCGCGCCAAGCAUCAGGAAGGAUCCUAUUCAGCCUAUAUCGGGCAACUCAUUCUUCAACAGCGUACUGCUGGAUUUUUGUAUAUGUCGCGACUGCUGUCCCUUGCCUUGCUGGUUUUGUCGAUGUACAACGCGUAUGUGCUCUUUGCGAAGCGACGGACAUACCGCCUAUGGUAUCGUGAAGAGCGCGAUGUGCUGCACAAUCCGCACGCAACACUAGAAGUUCCACCGACAGACCCUCUGCCACGGCGUACGUGGCAAGCCUGGGCCAAGCAUGCCGCGCGUGCCACAGCUCGCCAGAUGCCCAUUCUCGAAUGGUUCGUGCCGCCGCCGCCCGUGCGCGUCGCACCUGCAAGGCCCGUCGAGCGAAUAUAUACGCUGCGGGUAUGGGACAUUUGCGAGGUUCCUUUAUGGGUAUUCACGAUUUAUUCACCAGCACAUGCAGUUUGGUGGGCCGUGUCUGGCUCGUUGGGUAUGCAAGUGUGGACAAGUUGGCUUGUAACACUUGUGCUGAUGUUCCUGUUUUCAGCCCAGUCAUUUAUUCUUGCACGAGAAUAUGCCGCGCACGUCAAAGAUCGGCAGGUGCUUUCCUCGGAAGUCCUGCGUGAAUAUGACGAAAAAUUCGUGAUACCGCGCGCCAUGCCCUUGGUACGUGACGCAUCUACCAUGACAGAUGAAUAG